AUGGCCCUCGAACUGUCCGCCCGCCAAAAUACCACCAACUUCACCAAAGUCAUCCAUCGAACCGCCCAACCGGCCACGUCCCCGUCUCGCCCCGAGCUGAACCAAGCUGGGAGAACAGUUCUGGUCACCGGUGGCGGCACCAACAUCGGCUUCGCCAUUAUCAAGAGCUUCAUCACCGCCGGUGUCUCGACCGCCAUCAUUGCCGGACGUCGCAAAGAUGUCCUCGACACCGCCGCGGCCAAACUCAGAGCGGAGAUUCAGGAAAAGGGUGCCUCAACGACCGUUCUCACGUAUACUCUGGACCAGGCAAACCCUGAUUCAGUCCGAACCCUAUGGGCCCAGCUCGACAGCGAUGGCAUCGUCGUGGACACACUCGUGUUGAACGCUGCCGCUUUCUCGGAAGAGAAGCCGGUGGUGGAACUGGGAGCCGCUAAGGUCUGGGAAGCCUACGAGGUGAAUGUUCGCGGACCGCUGGAGAUGGUCCAUAGUUUUGCUAGCCAAAAGCCUACCAAUCGGCCUAGGGCAAUCGUCAACGUCGCGUCCCAAGUGAUCAACAUGCUCUACGAAUCCCAGCUUUUCAUCGCCGCGAAGCGUCCCGUCUAUGGAAUGACUAAGAACGCCGGCGCGAUGCUCAUGCAGCAGAUUGCCAAGGAUACGAACCCCGAGGAGCUGCAGAUCGUCAGUUUCCAUCCGGGUAUCCUUUACAGUGACGAGUUUCAGAGAAUGGGCCUUUCCGAAACCGAUCUCCCGUUUGAUAGUGCUGACAUGCCUGGAUCGUUCGCUGUUUGGGCCGCCACUGAAGAGGCGAGAUUCCUCCACGGACGGUUCGUCUGGGCCUCUUGGGAUAUCGAGGAGUACUCCCAGGGCGAGCUGAGAAAGCGGAUUGAUGAGAAUGUGGACUUUUUGAGAGUCGGUGUGGUUGGAUUGAGGGGAGGCUUGAUCGACAAUUAA